AUGGCGGCGGCGGCGAAGUACAGCGAUCUCAACGACCCCUUCCCUCCUCCCAUAAGAACUGCGACGGCGGAUGGCGGCGGGGAAGACGUCGUGGAGGGGAGCCCUCCGCCGUUCAAAAUGCGCAAGCUGGGCGCUCCGGGUAUGAGUUCAAUUGUCGCUGAGGAUCAGAGUGAGGCCAUGGCUGCCAGGGACGCCAAGAUCGGCGAGCGCAUGGAUUCGGAUGAGGCCAUUGAGUCGAUGGCUACCAGAGGCGGGCAUGUGGAUUCAGAGAUGACCCAAUUCAAGUAUGGCGAUGUUGCGGCGGAUGAUGAGCUUCACAAGGACAAGAUGAACGGAGGCAAAUCAAAUCAGCAGAUCAAGAACCCAGGGGAGGGGGAGGGGGAGGUCGAAAUGGACCUGGGGAAAUCAAACUCCAUCAUCUCCGAGCAGGAGAUCAAGGAGCUCUGUACGCAGAUGGAAGAGAUGGUCGCUUUUCUGAAUUACAGGAUCAUACCAUCAGCCCCACUUAUCUGCAGCAGCAGCAGCAGCAGCAGCAAGGAGACGCCAAAAGAUGAAGAAGACAAGGCGCCGCAGUCCUCGGGGAUCGACGGCAUCUUACAGCGGCUAGCUGAUGUGCGGCGCGACAUGUCCAAGCUCAAAUCGGAACUGGCCCCUUUCUGGCACGAAUACCCAUAUGAGAAGAAGUCGGAGCUGACUCCGGAGGAGGAGAGGGAGAAGAGGAUCAAGUCCUGGCACGAGUAUCAGAAGCUGGACAACAAGGAGAAGGCCAGCAAGGAGAUGGAGUCCGACGUGAGCGACUUCGAGGGCUACUGUCAAGGCAUGACAUCCUUAGUUGAACACUUCAGAUUCACAACCCUAGUGAGCCCCAUGCACUUUACAAACUACACGCCCAGACAGAUCCCACCCGAUCUUACUUCCAACAAGAUCACCUUGCAGAUCUUCUCCUUCAAAAUUGCCAACAUCGAUUUGGACCUGCAAUGGCCACUCCUGGAAUGGCCACUCAAAGUGUACGGCCUCAUCGCUGCACGAGACAGUGUGGAUCGCAGACGCAAUUUUCUCUUCUUGCGGGAAAGGGAGAAUUUCCAAGAGAUCACCCAAGAAAAACCCUUCUUGUGCUUGACUGGCCCAUCUCGUGCAAUUUUGGCUGAGGACCAUGUUAGCCUUGAAGUCCAACUAAAACUUAAGGGCCCCUCGGAGUCUGAGGACACAGUGUUGAUCACUAAGAGAUGCCAGCACCGUCACUAUCAUGCCGAUGAUGAUUUAUAUAUUCUUACCUUGGAGAACCGUCUUUGCACAACAGAGUUAAGCCUGCAGCAACUAUACCGUGAAUCAGUCCAAGCAACUUUCUUGCGUGUCGGUGGCUUUGUUAAAGGCAGUACAACCCCUUUCAUUCAUGGAGGCCGAGUUGCUUGCUCCUCACCACCUCGAGGUCAAGGCACUGCCCCGCCCACCCAAGUUGUGUUGCUUGAUUCUAAUUAUUGUGAUGGUGGGAAGAUGCCAAUAGGCGAAGAAGAUGGUUACCUUGAUCUGUCAAGGCAUGUUGUUUCUGUUGAAUUACGAACAGUGGGUGACGAUCCUGAAGAAUUGGAAGAAACCUUGAAUGUUUUCAUAGAAGCCUACUCAGACUCUCCUCCUAAUGUUUCUGCGAAAGCUGAUUUCAUGGUCAAGCCUCAGUAUUGCGGCAUAAGUGAACAUGAAUGUGUCCUUCACGGCUCUACGGUGAAGAUUACCAUUGCUUGGUCACCUAUUCUUCGAACCAACAAGGUUAUUCUGUGAGAGGGAUAGAUGUUCGAUGGUGCUCAGGCGUGAAUGUUAUGAAGCAUGAUACCCACCACCCUGUUAUAUCCAUCUAUUUCUCUGUUUUGCCAGUAGUUGUUUGUCUGUUCAUGUAUUCGAUCAGUUAUGUACG